AUGGCUUCCAGCUGGCACCACAGUAAGAAUACAGAAAUUGGGAUUAUAGAGGAGUUACCAAAACGAACAUUUCGAAAGAUUUCUGGCGACAGGUCGAGCAAUUUUGAAACAUCUGGAAUUGUUGUUGAUUUUAGAAAAUUGCUUGUGAGUGAAAGAAGGAUCAUUGACUCGGUAAGAGAGGAUUUGAGAUCAAACUAUCAAAAGACUGGAUUUAAUGCAUCCGUGUAUAUAUAUAUAUAUGUCUGCAUUUAUGCUGCAAAUAUUGGUAAUUGUGACGGCUUGCAUGUUGUUAUUGACAGUCAAAAAGCAACGAAUUUUAUUGUAAUGGUAGGAGGCGUAUUAAUGAUUUCAGAUUUCAAAUCGGGAUCUCUUACAUGCCAUCGUUGGACUUUACGAUAUAUGCCUGCCGGAUGUCACUCCAGAGGUUAUAUACGAUUGCGUGUGCGCAAGAUUUUCCAAAACGGUUAUUCUUUUGCGGGACAUAAAUGUAGGUGGGGUAGCGAAGUUGGAGUUUGUAACAUUGAAAAAUCGGGUAGUCGAUUUGGUAUUGAUUACGAAAGAAUUUGA